AUGAAGCUCUCGCUGGGGAUUGCCGCAGCAUUUGUGAGCUGCGCCGCAGCAUCACAGCCCGCCGCCGACGUUUACAUUCUGCCGAAUCGCGAAUCCGCAUCGCCGCCGUCCAUCCCCAGCAGCAUUGCCCGGCUGAUCUUGCUCAAGCGGGCGGAUUCCAGUUCCUUUUCCUUCGUCCGCGAUAUACCUGACGAUGUCGAUGCCGAAGAGGUGGUUUCAUUGAUGAAUCGAUAUGGAGGCGUCACCCCCUCGCUGUUUGAUGAGCUCGCCCAUGAGCCGAAGCAGUUGUUCAUUACGCUCCAAGGAUUGACGGAGGAGCAGAUGAAGGAGACCAGAGCGAAAUUACAGCUGCAGCCAUCAUUCACCGUCCCCGAUGCGCCUCAUAUCGACCGUCAGGAAUGGGCGACGGGCUUCGAGAUGCCUCCGCACGAGCUUAUAUCUGGAAAGGGAACCAGCUGCUCCUAUGAUGAAAUGACCAACCCAGUCGAGUCCCGGUGUUGGAAAGGAAAGACGUUGCUGGCCAAUUUUGAUAUCCAAAAGAAGCCGGAAUACUUGGACUACGUGAUCGACAGCUUCCCACGGCUGACCUCGCUUGCUGAGAUUGGCGAAGUGCAGACGACUUUCCUGUUCUUCCCUGGCGCUGGCAAAUUGUCGAGCCAGGCUCAAGCCCUUCACAAGCGCCAGGCGGAGCGGGUGAUCUCCCACUUUCAUAAGACUGCGGCCGCGGUGGAACCUACUUCGCCGGCGCAGAACACCCUCCGAGCCCCCGCAGGACCUAUUCCCGCCUGCUUUGAUUCCCUGGACAGCUGCGUCUCCAAGACCGGCAAUUGCUCACAGCAGGGAGAGUGCUUGAACAAGUACGCAUCUGCAGAUGCCGGUGCCCUUGCCAGCGGCCGCGCCCCUGUCUGCUUUGCAUGCCACUGCCUUAGCACUAGGACCGGAGAGAAUGGACCUCUUACCCAUUGGGCGGGGCCUACGUGCGCCAAGAAAGACAUUAGCGUGCCGUUCUGGCUCUUUGCUGGCUUCACGUUGCUUAUGCUUGGAACUAUCUCCUUGUCCGUCACCAUGCUCUACAACGUUGGCGACGAAAAGCUUCCCGGUGUCAUUGGGGCUGGAGUUUCCAAGUCUAAGUAA